GUAGCGGAUCAAUGACAAAAGAGGGCUGUGUGGUAGUGCCCCCCUAAACAUGUCUGUUUUCCCCGGGGUUGUAUGCUCCAUAUGACCCGGGAUGGGACUCUCUCCGCCGCCUAAAUCAGCGAUUUAGUUCACUGAAGCGACGGAGCUGGAGCGUUAAAACAAACAGAGGCUAACGGUCUGUUUAUUUAUUCAAGAGAAGAUGGCGGAGUUCUCGCCCGUCCUGCCGAUGCGGGAUGGAGGAGGACGAUUUGCCCAGCCCAUCUUCCCUCGGUCCAGGUCCGGUUCCGAGUCAGAGAGUGAACUGUCCCAGAGUCUGGCCCGGACCAAGAUCCGCUCGUACGGCAGCACAGCCAGCGUCACGGCCUCCCUGGGGGAGAAAUACAUAGAGCAUCGGGUUACAGACAGCGAUACUCUGCAAGGGAUUGCUCUCAAAUACGGUGUCACGAUGGAGCAGAUCAAGAGAGCCAAUAAGCUGUUCAGCAAUGACUGCAUCUUCCUGAGGAACAGCCUCAACAUCCCCGUGGUGUCAGAGAAGCGCUCCAUAUUUAAUGGACUGUCUCUCGAGUCUCCUGAUGGGGAUGGUGACACGGCAUGCCAGGAGGCAGACGCACCUUGUAUUAUCACGCAGGAUAUUGAGGGACCCUCGCCGCCCCCUUCCCCGCCCCGUGAGCACUCCAAACCUGCCCAGCCUCAGCCAGAGGAGCUGUCAGCCAAAGACUUCUUACACAGACUGGACUUGCAAAUUAAACAGUCAAAGCAGGCUGCGCGCAGACUGAAAGAAGAAGAAGAAGUGAGGAGCAGCGGGGAGAAUUAUGCAGCUCCCACAACAUCAUACCAGGAGAUCUAAAGAGCAAUCUGUUUACCCAAAGUCUCGGACAUGCUUGCCCAUGCACACAAACACUACCGCAGCCUCGUUGCUUUUUUCUUUUUACCUUUUCAUGUUUACUGAACCGCGUUCAGCAAGUGUCAUUUCUGCCUUUUUAUUUAUUGAAAUGCAGUUCUUAUGAUGUACAUUACAAGCCCAUUUCAAGAGAGCUGCUGUGCUGUGUGAGAUGUAAAUAUUAACUGUUUAAUUGAAAACAUGUCGUAGAAGCUCAGUGGGAUUCAUGCCAAGAACUGGUUCAUGGUGAAACUGCUAACUGCCAUCCAUCCUUUUUCUUUCACUUACCCAGUAAAGAGUCACAAGGGGGUGGAGCCUGUGCUGGUGGUCAUAGGUCAAAAGGCAACACACAUCCUGGAUAUGUUGCCAGUUUAUCACAGGGCAACCUUUUCCACUCCCACCUAUAGUUAAUUUAUACUUGCCACUAUCAGAAGCGAAGAUGUGGAGCAUUUCACCACCCUGUCGCUCAUGUCUAUGGAAGCUCGUUUCUGCCAGAGAAAAAAAGUUUUUCAAUCCACAAGUCAUCAUUUCAAAGUCAUUUCAAAAUUUCAAGGUAGGCAUCUGAGAAAUUGUGACAGAAACGAGCUUCCUAUAGAUCUGCCGCCACACAGGGAAGGUCUAAGCAAGACAAGGCCAGACCACUUUUUUGCACAUAUUCCAACAGCGUGGCUCUGGAGAGUCUGGGUGCUAAACACCCACUGAAAGCUCGUGACACAUUACAAAAACCAAAUCUCACAACAGACGCUCCAGACUGUUGCGUUAAGAAAAGGAGGUGAUAUAACACAGUAGUGAGAGACGUGCGCUUGACUCAGCUUUUUGGCAUCCAAUUCAUAAACGAUAAUUUAUUCUUGUUAAAACAAUGUUUGGAGUUUUCAUAUUUGUCAUGGUGUGCUCGUGAUACUUCUAGAUAAAUCUAGGGUUUAAAUAUAUGUAUGUGUAUUUUUUAAAUUUCCAUUUUACACGGCACAUCUUCUGGAAGCAAGUUUGAGGGUAUUUUUUGUAGUUUCACCAGGUAGCACACGUCUCAUCUGGAGGAGCAUCUGAGCACACGUGCCCGUCCACAUAUGAUAUGCUUGCGAAGCUGCUGUACAGAACCUACCUGCUGCAUAUGUUCAGAUACAAUCUCACACACACACA